CCUUUUCCCGCCAUGCCAAUCCCCAUGACUGAUGAGAGAUUCAAGUGUCGAUGCCGUGAACAGCGCUUGCACGACUCUUCAAGAUCGCGACAAUGACAUCGUUCCUGCACCGCACCGAGUCACGGAGCGCAUGUCAUGUACUGGCCCAUUGGCACGCCCCGAGUGUACUCGUUGACCAAGCAUCCACGAUCACUGUCAAAUACCUUGCUGUCUGAUGAUGGACUCAACUCGGCAGAGCAUCACGCCCAAAAUGGCCAUGCAAACGGCAGCCACUUGCCCGCGGAUGGAAGGCCGAAGGAGCGAGAAGAGGACACUCUGCCGCAGCUUGAGCGAGCAGCAGACAGUUCGCAAGGAGGGGAGGCAGACCUCGCGAAGACGGGGGGCGACUCGACCAACGUGAUACUUGGAGCGAGCAUCUCACGCUCUGGCGACGUUGUGGUCACCAUUACUGGUACAACGCUGACGGUAUGGCAAGCUAAACCUUUUGUCGCAUUGGCCGCUGCGGUGCGGUCUCCGCGGUCAUUGAAGGCUUAUGGACCGACUUGUGAUCUGUCGUUGCGUCCAGAUGGCCUCACUGUUGUCGUGCAGACGACUUUAGGCUACUUGAUCACGUACGCCAUUACUCCGGAUCCAUAUGCGUCGGUGUAUCAAAUAUUAUUCCCGGAUUCGCAUCGCCGGGCUCAACGGAGUGGUAACGACGCGUAUACUCGGCGACCAAGUGAGGCUGCAGCUGACACUGCACAAGGAGCCGGCGAUAGCAUUCACGAAGUCAUUCUCCGUUUUCGCAUGGUCAUACGGAUUGACGCCGGAGUCAGCAAGUUGUUGGCUCUGGAUAACGAGCUUGUUGUAGCUACUCUCAAACCGGCAGCUCUUCAGUGCAUCCGCUGGGUUGCCGAGAGCGGCGCGUCUCAAACCAGCACACAGUUGCUUGCUCGGAUGCCAUGGUACAACAACGAGGCCACUGUCGCAGAUAUGGUGCACGACCGACCAAUGAACUUGAUGUGUUGGGUCACCAGCGACGGCAAAGCCUAUGCUGUACAGUGCAAACCUGCGGGAUCCACUGGUGGAGGCACUACCUUUGAAGGCUUCUGUUUCCAUACGCCAGAUGCCGCAAGUUCUGCAGCCGUCAAGGUUGCGAUCAAUGCUCGCUUUUCGCUUAUCGCGGUCGGCCGUAGUGAUUGUCAGAUUGAUAUCUACGCUGUGAAGGACUAUACUGGCAAUGUGCCGCUCUCGCAUCGCGUCCGACUGCGAGGUUCGGAUACACACUCCGGCGUAAUUACUCAUCUGGCGUAUUCACCAGAUGGUUGCUCCAUGUUUGCGGGCUAUCAGCACGGAUGGGCUAUGUGGAGCGUGUACGGCAAAACUGGGGCCAGCUCUUUCGUGGCCGAUCGGAUGCUUUCGCAAGCAAACAAUGAGCUUUGGCUAGAUGGUGUGAAGGAUGCCUUCUGGUUGGGUGGAGGCUGUGAGCUCGUCACACUGAGCCAUUAUGAUGACACGAUUACGGUACAAGACAUUGCUCGCAACGCUGCGGCAGCUGUUUUAUGUCCAGCCAACACCGCAAGGGGGUUGCUGCAGUCAACAGACUCCAUCAGCUUCUACAAGGGCCACGAGAUACUUGACUUGACUGCGCUUUCUUCGGAGCAGUCGCUGUGGCAUACGGUGCGCGUACCACAUCAGUACCUUGUUAGCAAUUGGCCGAUCAAGCUCGCAGUAAUCUCUUCCGACAGUAAGUAUGUCGCUGUAGCUGGUCGGCGUGGAUUCGCCCAUUAUAGUGUGGCGAGUGGGCGCUGGAAGGCGUUUGAGGACUCAGUCAAGGAGCAGGAAUUUGCAGUGCGAGGCGGCAUGUGCUGGCAUCAGCACUUCUUGAUCGCAUCUAUGGAAGGUGUGAGCAGAUACCAGAUCCGCGUCUUCUCCCGAGAGAAGCCGCUUGAGCGCACAAUGCAUGUUGAAGAGCUUAACGCACCAGCAAUACUGACAACAACAUCUGGCAGCGACUCGCUCCUGGUCUACACUUACGACAAUACGCUGUUGCACUACAUCAUAACGUUCACGAAUUCGUCGGCAAAGCUUGUACAGGUCGGCCAGAUCGGUUUUCACGGCAUCAUCAGAGCCCCCUUGCGAGUUCGCGCCCUUAGCUGGCUUUUGCCUGAGGCCCAGCUUGAACAUGGUGACCCUUCGCAAGAUGUUGCUACAGCUUCUGUGAUCUUCUUGGUGGACGGCAAGCUGGUGUUACUCCAGCCGUCCACGAAUGAGUACGGCGAGCUGAAGUACGAUAUGCGGGUGAUAGCGCAGAAUGUCGAAUAUUAUUCUCUGCAGAGAGACCUCCCAGACGCUGUGGCCGCUUUGCGCGCUCCGAAUCUGCUCGAUGGCAGGCCGACCGGUCUGCUUACGGGCCCACUGGGACACAGUCUCCGCGACUCUCUUUGGUAUUUCGACGGAGAAUGCUGUCAGGUAUGGUCGGAUGUGCAGGAUGUUCUUGCGUCUGCGCCUUCGGAUCUGGGAAGAGAUCUUCCCAACACUGUCCGCAUAUCGAUGGACUUCUACCCCGUCUCCGUCUUGGUUAACCAGGGCAUAGUUCAAGGCCUCGAUCCCGAUCUUGUCCAACGCAGGGAUGUCAACUUCUCGUUCUUUCGGUUGGCCACCAGGACACAGCUGUUCCUGCCUCAUCUGCUGCGAAGUCAUCUUGCCGAUUACAACUCGCCUGCCGCGCUCCACCUUGCCGACUCAUAUAAGCACCUAGCGUAUUUCUCGCAUGCGCUGGAGAUUCUGCUGCACAAUGUCUUGGAUACCGAAGUCGACAGCCCACCGCUGCCACCCGAGACGGCACUGCUACCGACCGUACUCUCUUUCUUGUCCUCAUUCUCAGCUUACCUCGACGUCAUCGUCAACUGCACGCGCAAGACCGAGCUGCGAAGCUGGCGAACAUUGUUUUCUUGUCUGCCACCCGUGCAGGAUCUGUUCGAGCAGUCUCUCGAGCGGCACAAACUGAAGACCGCUGCGGGCUAUCUGCUCGUACUACAUGCGCUCGAGCAGGAACAGGAGGGUUUCCACGUGCGCAAGUUUGCUACGCUAUUGAGGCAAGCAGCGGCCGAGCAGGACUGGGAUCUUUGUGGGGAAGUCGCAAGGUUCCUCCUCGGGAUCGAUGCCACGGGUCAUACUCUUUCUGUAGCGCUCGCUGCAGCUGACCUGGGGAAUGGCAGACAUGGAAGCAUUGCCGGGCAGCUCUUCAAUGGAUCACCACCUCGAGCACAUGCCAAUGGGCAACAUAUGGAGCGCAGCGGAGACUACUUUUCCGGGAGGCAGCUUGGCUGAAGCACGUCGCAAAGGUCGGUUGCACAGGUGAAGCGCACCAGUGCGCAGAACGAAUGCAGCGAGAAUGUGGCUGCGUUGUGAGGGUACAAUCGUUUCGCACAUGAGUGGGAUGUGUUGCCAUUAUAGUGCCAUCAAUAGGCUGGCCAGCAUGUGCACUGCGCGUGAGGAACGGUCGACGUUGCAUAAUGGGCUGACCGAACACUGCAGAGAAGCGCGACGUGACCGACCAGUUGUGGAUCCGGCUGGCACGAGCCUUACAACAUACACCAGUCCCCGAGAUACAGGUACAACGGUUGCAGACUCACAGGCGGUGUCACAUAUGCUAAUCGAGCAACCAUCUGGUGUACCACCUGCCGAUUGUACCGUAUGCCGAAAGCAUCGACGAAUUUAUCGAUUCUCAUCUACCGCCUUCUGAACCAGGGCAGAGUCCAGGUAUGCACGAAC